AAAAAAAAAAAAAGAGAAAAAGCAAUGAAAUGAAAUGAAACGCUUGAGCACUACUGAGCAGUAAGGCGGGUCUUGUAACUUUUCCCACUACAUGUAUGUCAGUAUGUAUAUAGCGCUCCUCGCUUAACCGCUCCAAUUUCUUCUUUCUUGCUCAACAAAAGGGGGUUUACAAUCCAUUUUAUGUAAACAAAAUCUGGCAAAAAAGGACACAUUUCCUCAAAUUCCCAUCGAUUUUAGCUACCAGCUUAAAUUUUUUGCAGGGUUUUUGUGGGAUUAAAUUAUACUCACAAUGUUAGGAGUACAAUGCAAUGAAGAAACCCAAUACCCAUCUUCUGAAAUUUCCUCCGAAAAUCAGGCAUUAACUGGUGAAACUGGUAAUUUUAAUAAUUUUACUUCAGAUGAUGAAUUUGUUGAGCAAACUAGCUGUUCUAAGAUGGAUUUCACGUCCGAAGUGAGUUAUGCUGCAGAAACCCUAUUAGUAAUGGCUAAUGAUGUUUCGUUUCCAUCAAAAAACGAUGAUUUUGAGAGUGAUUUUGAUUCACACGAUGGAAGGAAUUUCAGGGGUUUUGAGGAAGUUGGGAAAAAACUGGGUUGUUUAAGGGAUGAUGAUUGUGGACUUUUAUCAAACAGUUUGGAUGCAUUUAGUGGUGGUAGGGAAAAGAAGAGGGAAUUUAAGAUGGGUUGCUCAUAUUGUGGUUUAACACAUUUAGGAACUUGUUGUAAUGAUGGUGGUGAUACUUGGACUAGUAAAAUUCUGUAUAGGAAAUGUCAAGGUGGAGAUGCGGAUUUGAUUACACCCAGUGUUCACAAAGAAUGCUCGUUUUCAAUCAUUCAUCUGUUAUCUGCUGUACGCUUGGCACUAGUUUCUCCUAGUUGCAAUGCAGGAAAUGAUGACAGUAAGGAAAAUCUUCUGAACUUGGAUCAUGAAGUUUUAUCAGUUGGUGAAAUUGUUGAGAAAGUGAGAUUAAGACCAGGAGAUACUCGAAUUCUGCAAUGUGAAGCUCGACUUGUGGACUUAAUCAGAGGGUGUUUGAGGAUAUUUUCUUCUCAUGUAGCAAAAGGGAGGAAGAAACUAGUGGUUUAUGAUAAAUCUCGGAAAGGGUGGUCAUGGGUUGGUCCAAUUCCUUGUUUACCAUCAGAGAAGGAUGAUGAUGAUGAUGACGACGAUCAUUUAGCCUUGUGUGCACCUAAAGUUUGGGGUAUUCCAAAGAAUGGGUUGGUUAAAAUGGUAGAUUGUUUUGCUGAUUGGCUUAAAAUCAAUCUGAAUUCCCUUAAACAGCGCGCUAACCUUCCACCUCCUCCAUUAUCAAUGAGUUUAAGUAAGAUGAGUUUUAAGGAAAGAUUUUCAUGUCAUCUGAGAGGAAAGGGGUGUUCUCCUACUAUAAAACCAUGCAUAAGUGAGAUUAGAGCCUAUUUUCACGCUGAGGAAAGGGUUCGAUACAUGACUCCUGACAAAGCAUAUGCUUAUACAGCAGCUGAUGGGAGGAAAUCUAGUGUUGCACCUGUAAGAAAAAGUGGGGAGAAGAUAUCAACAAGAGCAAGAGAUCAUAAUUUACUGAAAUGUGAUCGACCUGCAAGUAUUACAAUCCUUACUAUUGUUAGAGAUGCAGCUGCUAGAUUGCCUGGUGGAAUUGGUACAAGAGGUGAUGUUGCUGUACUUGUCAGAGACUCACAGUACCUUGUGAAGGGUAUUUCAGAUGAACAGAUGAGUCAAGUUGUGAGUGGGGGUCUUGAUCGUUUGCAUUAUGAACGAGAUCCUUGUGUAAGGUUUGAUAGACAGAGAAGGCUUUGGGUGUAUUUGCAUGGUGAUAGAGAGGAAGAAGAUUUUGAUGAUACUGGUAGACAGUCCACGAUUAUACGGUGGCAAUCCAGACUCGGAUAGGAUGUUACAGAGGAGGAGGUGUGUAUAGGGGAUACAGAUUACAGACAGACAGACUGACAGACAGACAGUAGAUAACUAAAUAUGAACAAUGGAAGGAACAAAGGAAAAUGCAUAAUUAGGAGUUUAUGCAUCGAAGACGAUCUCUGUUAUAGGAUACUGAAGGUAACUGAACUAUGUUCUGCUUCUUAUUACAGCUUACAUUAUUUACUCGUAAUUAUAAAACCAUUAUAUAUAUACCA